CUUUGACAGAUGAACAGCAAGAAAAGGGAAAAGCUGUCCGUCGCAGUGUGAUUGGGUUUGAGUCCAAAAUCCGCUUUCGCAGACAGUUGGGCGGAACUCGAAAGUGACGGAGAGUUUUCCCCAAGUAUGUGCAGUUUGUGAGGGGCGGAGACAAGACUGCUCCGCAUCCACGGGGAGCUUAGCCGCGCAGCGCUGCCUCAGUGCGGGCUACCGCGAACCGGACAACAGGCCGCUAGUUUAGGCUAGCUAACAAAAGGUUUCUCGCUCGGUCCAACUGGGCCGUGAUGGGCGAAUGUUGUUUAGUCGCAGAAAGAACUCGCUUUUCAUCGCAAGCGUGUUUUCGUGCGUUCUAUGCCACUGACCAGAGUCGACUCGUCUGUGGUGAUGUGACUGUGGAAAACAAGUGGGCAGCCUUGUAGAAUUCCAAGUGCUUCUUCUGUGGGCGACAAGCAGGAAACAGCCGGGGUGUCGACCUCCUUACCCUCGUGAACCCUAUAAAUCGUACCGGCGAGGCGGCCAUGAGAAGUACACUUUCCUGUUCUUUUUCUUCGUCCCUUUUCUCCCGUCGAUAUGGAACAAGGAGGGCUUUUUGACGCUGAACGAUAAUCGACGCGGUUAGGAACUUUUUAAGAGCACAUUACAAGCUCUUUGGCAUCAUGAGGAACACAGAGGAGGCGGAAGGCUUGGACGGCGAGGCCUCCAACACCUCCAUGAUCUCCGGGGCCAGCAGCCCCUAUCAGCCCACCACUGAGCCAGUCCACUCGAGGGGUGUUUUGGGAGGCAUUCGAUGCGAUGUGGAGUAUCUCAAGUCUUACUUUGGUGUUUUAAAGGCAGUUGAAGUGGUCCUGUCACUUCUUGGGUUCAUCUGCAUAGAAACCAUCAUGAUGUGUUCCCCAUGCAGUGGCGUCUACUUCUUUGAGUUUGUCAGCUGCACUGCCUUUGUGGUCACAGGCACACUCUUGGUGAUUUUCUCUCUCAAUCUUCACACCAAGGUGCCCCACAUCAACUGGAACCUCACGGAUUUGGGCAACACGGCAGCCAGCACCUUACUUUUCUUCUUGUCUUCUCUCGUGCUUGCUUGCAUAAACCACAACACUGGAGCUGAAAUCUCCGCAGUGACCUUUGGCUUCCUGGCCACAGGUGUGUAUGUUCUGAACACCUUCCUGGCUGUACGGCGGUGGCGCCGUGGCAACGGGACUCAGAGAGCAGCCCAGAACAGUGAGUACAUGCGGGCGCGCACAGCCUCUCGUGGAGAAAUGGAGGCACGGCCCGAACUUGCGUGAGCUCUCAAUGUGAAUGAAAAUCACAUGACUGACAGCUGAUGGAGAGGCCCUCCACCUCGAGUGGAGUGUCCGCCUCAACUCGUGCUUCGGAGCAACGUAACUUUUGCUCUGCUUCCUGCCAUCAUUCCUGAGCCACAGAUGUGCUCCUCAGUCUGUUUAUCAGGAAUCAAACAUUCCACCAUGCGGAGGCUAACUGAAGGAAUGGAAACAGUCAAUGUUCCGCCCACGUGUGUCUCCUCUUCAGGAUUGAAGCAUGAUCUCCAUGGCAGUCCAAACAGACUCCCAGCAACCUGUUAGUACAGAUCAGUAAGUCAACUUAUCCAAAUUUGUACUGUCACAAGCUUUUGGCAAGACAAGGCUGAUACAUUUAAUCACUGAAGGGUAUUCAUGCUGAUUAAGUUGAUUUCCUUUUUGUCACGAUGCCUUUUAAUCUGUGGCAUCAAGCCACUAAACAAAAACUUUGCUGUGUGCAAUCAAAUAGUUUAUUUUUAGCUGAGAUGAUUUUAAUGAUUUUUUUUUUUUACAUUAUAAAGACAUUUGUAGUUGGACACAAACAUGAAGGUUAUUGCCAGUACACGUUUUCCUAAUCUAUUUCAUUUAUUUGUCAACACUGAGGCAACUAAUACUAGGCAAUUUCACUUUAUUUACUUUGUCAACAUUUGCAUGAUUAUCAAUUUUGUUUCUGUGUCCAGGUUAACAAUUUUCUUGUACCAAGUCUAUCAUAGAGGGUUGUAGUUUUUUCUUUGUUGCUCUCGUGCUGUUUUGCAUUUUCACCCACCCCGUGUUUUUAUGACUGAUUCGCUUAAAAUCUGUGUAUUCAAUAACGACAUACUAUCCGUUUAGAAUCAAACCUGUGAUUACUACAGGUUAAAAAGAGCAAUUCCUUGACACUCCAUCGACUUUUUGUAAAGUUGAACCGCAAUGGUGGUCUCAUUAUUUAACGCUGCACAUUUGCUGGUAGAUCGUGUGCGCCACCUUUUGGAUUAUUACAGUACUUCAAUAACCAUUUUUGUAGCUUUACUACUACAGUAUGUGCACAUACGAGUAACACUCAACUGUAUACAAAAUACACAUCCAUUCCACUCGAUUUCCAUUUAUGCAUAUGCAAUCUGUUAUACAGCAAGAAUCACUUCACGUAUUUAUUAUGCAUUGCUUUUAUGGUAAUUUUGUCAUUAAACUAAUUGACUCAUAGACUGACUGGUGUUUUUUUUUUUUUUUUUUAAAUUUUUAAAAAAAUGUUUUUAGUAAUUUUAUUUAGUCUGCAAGAGCCCAACACAAUGCUAUUAUUGCAGUACUAGUUCCACUGAUGCACAAAAUUUGCCAUCUGUGAAUUUGAGUUCGACACCAAUGGCAGUGUAUCAAAUACUUGUUCUCCCCACUGUAUGCCCGAACUAUUCAAUAUGUUAAUCAUUUAUGUACAAAACUGCUAUAAAUGUCCCUUAUUUAAAUUUGAGGUUGCAACUAAGUUUUGUGGUAUUUCAAGAAACAUUUGGAUCUCUUUGGCUACCGGCAGAGAAAUUGAACUUAACAUUUAGCACAAAGUAAUAAAUGGUUCAACUUUAUUUGUAGGAAAACAAUAACUUAAACAUGGGAACAAGACCAGGUUUGCUCAGCAAACAAUCAAUUUCAAUAAAGAACAUGUCAUCAAAUACAAAAAUAAACAUCUUCAUGAACAUAGUAUGAUGACUGUACCAAACAAAGGUUAUAUCUAAAUUCUAUCAAAAGCGAAGUGAUUUGUACGGCCCAUCCACUGUGCCUGGAACGUGUUCCUUCGUUGCCAUCACAUCUGCAAGAAAAUAGAACACAUACAAUAACACAUCUAUAGCAAUUAACAGUAAUAGAUGUCAAAUCCAUUUGACUGGGAGAGGCUGGUAGCAAAUGAUCACGCCAAACCAAGUCAAAAUGGAUUGAACGUGUAGUAAUGUUAAUGACGCUGAAACAAGCAUUUACAUCCAGUCCUCCCAGUUUAAAUUAUGUAUCGUUAUCACUUUUUAAGUUCCGAGACGAAAACAUUUUGAGAAUUGUUGACUGAAACUAGACGAAACCUGUAUAGGUUUUCAUUAACUAAACCUAGACGAAGACAAACACAUUUUGAAAUGGCUAAAAUAUGACCAAGACUAAUAAGUAUUUUCGUCCGAAAGACGAAGACGAAAAUUUAAAUGGCUGCCAAAAACAACACUGUGUCGAGUUUAUUCACCAUGUGCAGUCUUGAUUGUAGGCUUUGGAAGAGUCCUUAACUUUGAGUUAGGGGUGCCUUCAACAGACCACAUGUCCAGUUGGACCUCCGCUGUCUCCUCGUUUGAUAAUUGAAUGGCAUUGCAACCUGUAAAUGAAAUUUCAAGUUACUCGUACGAAAGAAAACGGUCAAAAUUAAUCUGUUACAACACAGGAGACAUGAUUUAGAAAAGACGAUAAAACGUGUUAGCUUCUAAGCUAGCUCGGAGCAUGCUUGACAAACGAACGUUUGAAAGAAACUUUUUUUUUUUAAAGUGGGGUAAUAAACACCUUACUAAUUAACCUUUUAAUAAAACCUACACUUACCUUCGCUGGUAGGAUGAAUGUUUCUGACCGAGGACUCGUGGUAGAAUGUAGCCGUGCGCUCCAUGGGAUAUUUCUCCCACUGUAACUUGCCAGGCAGGGGCGUCUCGGUCAGGAAGACGAAGUUCCAGCGUUCUGUGGCCUCCAGGAUGAAUUGGCGAAGCUCCCUUCGUAAAUCUUGCACCACUCCGGUGUCCGGGGAACCAAAAAGUCGCUUGCGGACAGCAUCUCUACGCACAAGCUUCUUCAUCUUGCCAGGGGCCAUGGUGAUGUGCUAACGGUUAAGUGUUUACGAUGAAGUGUGAUUUGUGAUGACCUUGACCACAUGGGUCAUGUGACGUAUCAAAGGGCGCUUCAGCCAAUCAAAGAUGAGUGCGCAUUCUACGUCAUAGCAUAAGCCACCUUUGAUGUGUUGGAGGGGAGAAAACUGAUUGUGUCCCGUUUGUUGCUGUUACGGGGGAGGGGGGGCUUUUUCUAUAGGUCAGCACCUUGGUGCGAUAUUUUUCCUGUUGCAACAGUCAAAAGAACUGAAAUUUACAAUCUAUAUUCUAAUAUUUGUCUCAUGAAAUUGCUUAUUAGUCAUCAACUAAGAAAUCUGACAAAGGUUAUUUCCAGUGUUAUUAAUAACGACGUUCUUUUCUUCAGUAGUGAGUAAUCUAAAUUUUCUCAUCUUGGCAACGGCGUUACCUUACUGAGGCGUGAAAGGCGUGCGUUACUAUGCGUUGCGAUGAUGGUUGACUGACGCGAUAAAAGUCUGAAAAAGACAGACUCACGGAGACGAGAGAGCAGAGCAGGAGUGGGGAGGAGGCAAGGGAAUUUGACGCCGUUGCAAACGCGAUGCUACUAUGCUAGGUGACUCCAAUAAUACCUGACUGUAGCCGAUAGCCUACAAACUACGCCCACAUGAUGCUUCGGUAGAUAUCACAUAUAUACAGAACUAGAUGCAAAUGACAGACACGGCGGCAUUACCAACAAGUAUAAUAAAUUAGAUGCGUUAGUAAACAGCCGCCAUCUUAAAGCAGUAGAUUUCUCAAGAAAGCUCUGUUGUAGAGAAUCUUCCAAGCAAACCUAAGUAACUUUUUAUGUAAAAUACUCCUAAAUCAGCUAAACUUAAAUCUAUCUUUAAAUGAUGAAACCGUUCUAAAAUUUACACAUGUCAAAUAGACAGUAGGGAACUAAUGCAAUAACGGGAAAAAUUUUAACAACUUUAACGGCUGAUUCACAACAUUAAAUGACUUCCAAACAUAGCAAAGGUUACCAUCUAGUUAUCGCAAUAUCCCCAAUACCCCUGCGUCUAAGUUUAGGGGAAAGAAUUGGGCUAGGGCCAAUUGUCCCAAAAACCCUUUAAAAUUCACAUUGUGUGACCCCCCCACCCUUUUUUUUUUUUUUUUUGAGGUAUAAAAACACGAAAAUUAUGACGUUACUUUGCCAAGUAACUAAUUACUCUUACAUUCAGGUAACUGACUUACUAACACAAUUACUUUUUGGGAGAAGUCAUUUGUAACUGUAAUGACUUUUUUUUACACCAAGAUUAACAACACUGGUUAUUUCACAUAUUGAGUAACGGCAAAGUGGGAGUGAAUUGGAUUUAUAAAUCAGAAAUGAUGUAAACCUACUAAGUUGGCACGGGAGCCAACUCGUGGGCGGCCGUGGCGCACUUGGCGAAGGUCAGAGGUUCAAUCAUGUUUAUGACUGUCUUCCCACCAUCGCAUUGCCCUUAGACAACACUUAAAUUGUGCCCAGUGGGUUGCCAGCGUCUUGCAUGACAGCAGCGCCACUGGAAAACAUUUUGGGAAUGAUAAAACAUGAAGCUAAAAGCGCUACAUAAAUUAGUAUAUUUAAGUAUUUUUCCUAAUCUAUUCCAUCGUUUUGUCAACACUGUGGGCAACUAAUACCAUGCAAAGUCGCUUGAUUUACCUUGUCAACAUUUGCUUGAUUAUCAUAUUUGUUUCUGGUGCAGGUUAUCAUUCUCAUAUUCUCUUGUACUAAGUCUAUCAUAGAGGGUUGUAGUUUUUUCUUUGUUGCUCUCGUGCUGUUUUGCAUUUCCCACCAAGUUUUUAUGACUGAUGCACUUAAAAUCUGCAUAUUUAAUAACUACAUACUAUCCGUUUAGAAUUAAAUCUCUGGUUGUACUAUAGGGUUAUAAAAGAACCCAGAUAGCAGACAUACAUUGAAAAGAUGUUGAAUCAACAUUCCACUGUCGAUCUUAUAUCGUUGAAUCCACGUCACUUUUGCACCCUCAAUUAAUGUUGUUUCAACGUUGAAAUCCUUACAAAACCCAAACGUCAUUUCGAUUACUAAUAAUAUUGGAACAACGCUGAAUCAAUGUUAUGUUUUGACCAAAACACCCGCUCAUCCAUAAUUCAAUUACUUUUCAAUCAUAUGUCCCGGUCAAUAAUAAAUCAACUAUUUGUCAACAUUAGUUCAUCGACUAUAAAACAAUGUUAAUGAAACCAUCGCCUGACAUACCAUAGAACAAUGUUGUUUCAACGUCACUUGACGUCGAAAAUUUCGAUGUCAACCAUACUGAUGAUUUUGAUGGAAAAUCAACAUUUAUUCAAAGUCGGCCUGCUAACUGGGAACAAUUCCUUGAUACUCCAUCAACAUUGUUGGACUACCUAUAUAACGCUACACAUUUGCUGAUAGAUCGUGUGCGCCACCUUUUGGUUUUCUAAAAAUGUACAGUACUUCAGUUACCAUUUUUUGUAGCUUUACUACAGUAUGUGCACAUUAGUGACUCAACUGUAUACACAUCCAUUCCUCUUUCAUUUAUGUAUAUGCAAUCUGUAAUACAGCGAGAAUCACCUACGCAUUUAUUAUGCAUUGCUUUUAUGGUAAUAUUGUCAUUAAACUAA